UUGAGUCUCUAGUGAUUCCAUUCAUUCUGGUUUCGACGACUCCGACUCGGACUCGGACUCGUCAGAAAUAUAACAUAAUGUGGGUUGAGUUUUGAAAAUAAGGAAAAUGAAUUAAUUAAGCAUAAAGGAGAUCAACGAUGUCUGACUGUGCAGUGAUGGCUGGUGUUUUUGGGGUUGGUACAGGAUUAAUUGCUUGGAUUGCACAUCGGGCUAGCGUCAAUAACUCCGAAACACUGGAGAAGGUCCGUUCCAUCCCAACCGUCCGUAUAUCUGAUCUCCGCUCUAUCCUUCCUAAUGGGCAUCGUAGUAAGCGUGUCUUCGUUCGUGGAGUUGUCCAGCCCAAACCCUCCGAUUCCCAGAAAGCCAAUCCUAAUGUCCUGCAUUCCGCUGAGACCGGCCAGGAAGCUAUCGUUGUCAAGAGAAGACAGACGUGCAUAUACAAGGAAAAGGUGAUAAAAGAGGAAAAGAAACAGGAUAGCGAUCUUAAACCAACAACUAAAGAAGAAACUCGGGAGUGGGAAGAAACUGUAUCGUCCACAUAUAGAAAGGUUCCUUUUAUUCUUGCAGAAGGUGUUCGACGACCGUGCUCUGAUUAUGUUAUUGUCGAUACAGAUGACUUACAACAUUAUCUGCCACUCACUAAAGUUUAUUCUCACCGUUCUAGACUUUAUCAUCAUAAAUCUUCUAAUGUAGAUGUAAAGGCUGAUAUGCUGACUGAAGAGAGAAUAUUUCCAGUUGGAGAGGUUAUCAAUGCAGUUGGUGCCUGUAGUUUAGAGAAUGGAGUUCCUGUAAUCAGGCCCUGCAAUACCCUACCCAAAUUCCUAACAUACUAUAGUAAGGAUAGUUUAGUGAAGGAACUUUCUGAUUCAGUGGAAAGUUCAAUUGCUACAAGUGGAAUUUUUAAGGGGUUGUCGACUUGUUUGCUUUCCUAUGCUGCUGCGGACUUUCUUUAUCACAAAUUUUAUGAGUAUAUGCAGAAAAAGAGAGACAAAUAAACUGGAGGUUGUCAGAACAUGAGUCCGCCUGAAUGUAACAGACCUUUUAGUCAUCCUUCUUUCCAUCCCAUGACUAUGAUUUCGUUCAGGCAAUGGCCUCCGAAUUAGCUUUAUGCUUGUACAUAUGUUUGAAUGUUAAAUUUUGAUUAUGUUAUUUUGGACGGUAUGAAUGGAUCUGGGAAAUAGGUGAGUGUUGAUGAUUGAAUAUCUUUCUGAUAGUCUGGGAUGUGUGGUAAAUGUUUGUCUGUUGUAUUAAAAAAGCAGACCACAUUAUAGGUUAGCUGACUCUGUGGUGUGCCGUCACCAGAGGAUUCACUAAUAUUUCAA